CGACGCUACCGUCACCAUCCAGGACGGUAUUGGGUCCAAGAUGAGCGACCUGUUACACUUCACAGCGACGGUAGUGUCGGGCAUCGUCAUCGCGUUUGUCAAGGGCUGGGAGCUGACACUAAUCUUGAUGGCUGUGGUCCCUUUGUCGCUGCUAGUGGCAUACUAGCGAAGAGAGUGAUUAUAGCCGCUACACACCAAGGAAUGCAGGCGUACGCACAAGCCGGUGCCGUGGCGCAGGAGUCGCUCAGCAACAUCCGAACGGUGCACAUGUUCAACUCGGUCCAGUGUUUCGUCGACAAGUACAGUCACGCACUUAAAAGUGCCACAGAUGCUGGGAUUAAGAAGUCAUUUGCUGUUGGUUGGGGAAGUGGACUCAUGUACAUGAUGGUGUUCCUCAUGUACGCACUGGGCUUCUACUUGGGUGCCGUGUUCAUUGCACGCGAUAACCUCGACGGCAACACGUGUGAAGGUUCUAGUUGCUACGAUGGAGGUCGCGUCUUCACGGUGUUCUUCGCAGUUAUGCAGGGGGCAAUGGCCUUGGGUCAGGCUGGCCCCAGUCUUCAGGCAGUCUACUCCGCAUGUGCUGCCGCUUUCGAUGUCUUUGAGACGGUGGCUUUGGUGGGCGCGAGCGGUAGCGGCAAGAGUACGGCUAUCGCACUAUUGGAGCGCUUCUACGACCCGUCGUCGGGCAUGGUGACGCUGGACGGCCACGACGUGCGUAGCCUGAGUUUGCCAUGGUUACGCGAUCGCAUCUCGUUAGUGAGCCAGGAGCCCGUACUGUUCUCGGGCACGAUCGCGGAGAAUAUCGCUCUGGGCAAACCUGGUGCGAGUCGUGCAGAGGUGGAGGCGGCGGCAAAGAGUGCCAACGCCUUCGACUUCAUCUCGAACUUCCCACUGGGCUUCGACACGGAGGUGGGCGACCGCGGCGCACAGGUGUCGGGUGGCCAGAAGCAACGCAUCGCCAUCGCGCGCGCCAUUCUGCGCGACCCGGACGUGUUACUUCUGGACGAGGCGACGAGUGCACUGGACAACGAGAGCGAACACAUUGUGCAGGCGUCGCUGGACGCUCUGGUGGUCCAGAAGCAGCGCACGACGAUUGUGGUGGCUCACCGUUUGUCGACGAUUCGGAAGGCGGAUAUGAUCGCGGUGACGCGUGAUGGCUCGAUCGUGGAGCUGGGUAGUCACGAGGAGCUGAUGCGGUUACCGGGAGGUGAGUAUCGAGGUAUGGUGGAGCUACAAGCGGUGACAACUACAUAG